UUGGGGCUGUUGGAAAUGGAAUGGCUUGGCUUGGCCAAUAAGGAUGAAGAAGGAAAAAAAAAAAGCAUGAGGUUGAGCGAUGCUAUCCAAAGCUACAGCGAUGACCAUGUCAAGUUCUCAUUCCCAUCACCUAUCAUUCUUAAAUCAAGAGCUGUGGAAGUUUGGUAUCUCAGAGAUUCAGAUGAUGGUGGAGCCACCCCAGUACAGGAUGAACGGGAUUCAGGGUCUGAUGCUGAAGAUGAUGUAAAUGAUCAGCACUCUGGAUCAGACAAUGAAAGCAUAGGGCAUCAGUCAGAGAAUGAACAAAGUGAUGGAGAAGAUGAUGGCCAAACUAGAGACCAUCACACGACAGAUUCUGAAAAUGAAGGCACCCCAAAGCAAAAAGACAGUGAUUCUGAAAAUGAGGACCCUCCAAAUCACAAUGCCAGUGAUUCAGAAAAUGAAGGGGCUCAUGAGGUCAAAGACAGUGAUUCUGAUAUUGAGGACCAUCCAAUUCAUAAUGUAAGUGACUCUGAAAAUGAAGAUGCCUUAAAUCACCAUGCAAGUGACUCUGAAAACGAAGAACCUCAAAAAGGCCAUAAUAGUGAUUCUGAAAAUGAGGAUCCCCAUAAGCAUCUGAAUAGUGAAUCAGAAAAUGAGGACCAUCAAAAAGGUCAUGCAAGCGACUCUGAGAAUGAGGAGCCCCCGAAAUAUGUAGCUAGCGACUCUGAGAAUGAGGAGCCCCCGAAAUAUGUAGCUAGCGACUCUGAGAAUGAGGAGCCCCCGAAAUAUGUAGCUAGCGACUCUGAGAAUGAGGAGCCCCCGAAAUAUGUAGCUAGCGACUCUGAGAAUGAGGAGCCCCCGAAAUAUGUAGCUAGCGACUCUGAGAAUGAGGAGCCCCCGAAAUAUGUAGCUAGCGACUCUGAGAAUGAGGAGCCCCCGAAAUAUGUAGCUAGCGACUCUGAGAAUGAGGAGCCCCCGAAAUAUGUAGCUAGCGACUCUGAGAAUGAGGAGCCCCCGAAAUAUGUAGCUAGCGACUCUGAGAAUGAGGAGCCCCCGAAAUAUGUAGCUAGCGACUCUGAGAAUGAGGAGCCCCCGAAAUAUGUAGCUAGCGACUCUGAGAAUGAGGAGCCCCCGAAAUAUGUAGCUAGCGACUCUGAGAAUGAGGAGCCCCCGAAAUAUGUAGCUAGCGACUCUGAGAAUGAGGAGCCCCCGAAAUAUGUAGCUAGCGACUCUGAGAAUGAGGAGCCCCCGAAAUAUGUAGCUAGCGACUCUGAGAAUGAGGAGCCCCCGAAAUAUGUAGCUAGCGACUCUGAGAAUGAGGAGAGUGAGGAGGAAGGUCCUAAGAGACGGAAAAUAGCAGAUAGUGAUGAAGAAGAGGAGAGAGAUGAAGAGAAGGCUGUCAAGAGGAAAGCAGCUGUGUUUUCUGACAGUGAGGAUGAUGAUAAAACACCUGCAAAGAAAGGGCGUGCUGUCUCAGAUGUGGAAGAAUCUGAGAGUGAUACAUCAGAGAAAUCUGAUAAAAGAAAGAAGAAUGCUAUAGCAUCAGAUAGUGAGGAAGAAGAGAGCAAGGACAAUGCUGUAAAGAAAAAGGAGGAGAAGGAUCUUUUUGGGAGUGACAGUGAAUCAGGGAAUGAUCAAGAGAACCUAAUUGCAGAUAUAUUUGGUGAGUCUGGUGAUGAAGAGGAGGAAGAAUUUACAGGUUUUAACCAGGAGGAUUUGGAAGAAGAAAAAGCCGAGGCAGGGAUGAAAGAGACAGCAGAUGAUUCAGACUCUGAUGACAACAUCAAAAGAGGAAAACAUAUGGACUUCAUGUCAGAUUUUGAGAUGAUGCUACAAAGGAAGAAGAGCAUGAGUGGGAAGCGCAGACGGAACCGUGAUGGUGGCACAUUUAUUAGUGAUGCAGAUGAUGUCGUCAGUGCUAUGAUUGUUAAAAUGAAUGAAGCUGCAGAGGAAGAUAGACAGCUGAAUACCCAGAAGAAACCAGCGCUAAAAAAGCUAACUUUGCUACCAACUGUAGUUAUGCACCUUAAAAAACAGGACCUUAAGGAAACUUUCAUUGACAGUGGUGUGAUGUCGGCCAUCAAAGAGUGGCUUUCCCCUCUUCCGGAUCGGAGUCUGCCAGCACUAAAGAUCCGCGAGGAACUCUUGAAGAUUCUGCAAGAGCUGCCUAGUGUGAGCCAAGAGACACUGAAGCACAGUGGGAUUGGGCGAGCUGUGAUGUAUCUCUACAAACACCCCAAGGAGUCAAGACCUAACAAGGACAUGGCAGGGAAGCUAAUAAAUGAAUGGUCUCGCCCCAUCUUUGGCCUUACCUCAAACUACAAAGGAAUGACAAGGGAGGAAAGGGAGCAGAGGGAUCUGGAGCAGAUGCCUCAGCGAAGGAGAUUGAGCAGCUCUGGUGGCCAGACCCCUCGCAGAGAUCUGGAGAAGGUGCUAACAGGAGAAGAAAAAGCUCUUCGACCUGGUGAUCCUGGAUUCUGUGCUCGUGCAAGGGUUCCAAUGCCCUCCAACAAGGAUUAUGUGGUCAGACCCAAGUGGAAUGUGGAAAUGGAAUCUUCCAGGUACCAGAGCACCUCUAAGAAAGGGGUAAGUCGACUGGACAAACAGAUGCGGAAGUUCACAGAUAUCAGGAAAAAAAGCAGAUCAGCUCAUGCAGUGAAAAUCAGCAUUGAAGGCAAUAAGAUGCCAUUGUGACCCUUCACAGAAGACUCCUUGAUCUCUGCUGCGAGAUGUGCACCCAUAGACUCUUUGGAGACCUGAAACUUUUUAACAAAUUGGUUUUUUUAGUGUAUCUUUAAAUUGUCUGUUCAGCUUCUGAUAUAAAAUGUUGUCUGAGGAUUGUGAAUCCUAGGACUUUGCCUCCCAACUGUAUUUAAACUCAUUCUGUUGUGUCCUUUGUACAGAUCAAAUACUUGUUGUCCUCUUUAGACAAUAAAAAUCCUUCCAUUUUUU